UGGGAAGGAAAAGGGUGCUGCCUUUGCAAAGUUAGAUAACUGGCCCAGUUCUUCGCAGUCGGAUUGGCUGCGAGGGGCCCUGUAAAACCAUGCUGGCCAGCAGCCCGGCCCAGCCCUGCUAGGCUGCAAGCUAUUUCCACAAUUGGCCACUUCAGAGCGGGAGUGGGGGAGGUGAAGACAGCUGGGCAAACUGCAUCUCUGCCAGGCUGCUUCCCUUCCUCCUUGGGUUUUCUCAGGAGGAGUUGUUUGGCAAGCCCGCUCCGGGCGCCUCUGAACCCCUCUCGCAACGCCCAGGCGAGCGAGCGGGUUGCGGCGUUGGCGGCCCCGCUCCCGGCCCUCCCUCACCCGCGCAAAUCAGUCCCGGGACAGGACAUGUCAAGCUGCAACAGCGCUGGGGGCCCCGCUGCCCUGGACUUUCUGGAAGUCCUGAAGUCGCUGCUGGAGUACUCCUUACCCUGGACCAACAAAAUGACAGAUAAAGAGAAGGAGAAGAUAAAGCUUGAGGAAGAUGAGGCAGCAGCUGCCAGCACUAUGGCAGUCUCGGCUUCCCUUAUGCCGCCCAUUUGGGACAAAACUAUUCCUUAUGAUGGAGAGUCUUUCCACCUGGAGUACAUGGAUCUGGAUGAGUUCCUCCUGGAGAACGGAAUUCCUUCCAGCCCUACUCACCUGGAUUUGAACCAGAAUCCACUCUUGCCUGUGGCUGAGCUGGAAGGAAAGGAGUCUGCCAGUGCUUCCACUGGUUCUCCUGCAUCAUCCUCUUCCACUGCAGUUUACCAGCAAUCUGAAGCAGCCUCCAGCACAGAAUCCCCCCUGCAGAAUGAGCGAAAUACACCCAGCCCCAUUGAUCCUGACUGUGUAGAAGUUGAGGUGAAUUUUAACCCUGACCCUGCUGAUUUAGUGCUGUCCAGCGUGCCUGGUGGUGAGCUCUUCAAUCCUCGCAAGCACAAAUUCACUGAAGAGGACCUGAAACCACAACCGAUGAUUAAAAAAGCAAAGAAGGUUUUUGUCCCAGAUGAGCAAAAGGAUGAAAAAUACUGGACAAGGCGGAAGAAGAACAAUGUGGCAGCAAAGCGUUCCCGUGAUGCUCGACGAUUAAAGGAGAAUCAGAUAACAAUUCGUGCAGCCUUUCUUGAGAAAGAAAAUACAGCCCUGAGGACGGAGGUUGCAGAGCUGCGCAAGGAAGUGGGGCGAUGCAAGAACAUUGUUUCUAAAUACGAGACCAGAUACGGACCCUUGUAAGCACACCCCUUUUCAUUGUUAGGGCUCCUUGUUUUAGCCUCUUAGACUUCUCUGCCUUCUGUAGAGACUCAAGUAAAGUUUGUGGAGGCUUUGCCAUUUUGCAUUUAUACAAAAAAAAA